CGCUUCGCGUUGGACGGUUUCUUUACUAAAAUAGGAAAAAUAUUUAGGGACCUAAUCCACGAUGAGUAGGAGUACAAGAGAUCUCCGAGAACUGAUAUGUAUGUCAAGGCUGUCUUAUCAUGGAGAAGAUGAUAAUAUGAAUUCUUUUUUGGAUCCAAAUGAAUUUGACAACGAAGUUGACUGUAAUCCAGUUCCCAAGGAAACCACAUCAACUGUGCACUCGGCUUCCAAAAAAUAUCCAAAAACGAAAGUUUUACCUGCAGUUAGUCCUCCUGUUUCUCCAGAGUCGUCUGGAAGGGGGUCUCCUUUGCCUCCAAUAAGGAAAUCUAAGUCAGCAAGCAGUGAGAGUUCGAGUUCAGGUGGUUCUUUGCCUUGCAGUCCAAAUGGUUCUGUCUCUUCACUAGACAAGACAUCAUUAAAACGACCCUUAAAACCAAUAUCUAGUAUGAAAGAAAAUGACUCUUGUAAACCAGUAAAGACAAAUAUCGAUUCUCUCUUGUCGUUUUUUGAUGCAACUGUGAUUGGUGACUGGCUGUCUCGCUCUAACCAAACAGUUGAUAGCAUAACAUCAUGGGUCCAUGCAGACAACAACUUUGUCAACUUUGCAAACUUCUGGCUAACAGAAUUAUCACCCAGUAAGCGAUGGGAGUUAGUUGCUAUGGAAUUUGGCAUAGUUAUGGAUGAGUUAAAGUUUGCUUUUGGAGUAGGAAUAGAAGAUAAGAAUUUGACGAUACAAGAUGUGUCAACUUUUAUGAGUUCAGUUUUAUGGGAGUAUCCUCAAAAGUUUUCAUCCACUAGAGGGAGUGCAUUCUUCUUGAACCUUGUUAUGUGCCUUUGUUGUGGACGUAAAGAAAGCUACAAGGCUCUGCUAUCGGAUGUUCGAUGUUCAAYGUCAAAUAAACAGUUUGUUCAGUUUGUUUUGGCAACAAGAGCAUUUGCUUUGGUGAGCCUGUGUUCAGGUGUGAUUGCAUUCUACAAGCAAAUUAAAUCACUGGAAUUUUACUCAGGCACAGGAGUUCCUUCUCUCAAUAAGGACAUUCAUUCAUUUGCCACAGAUUUUGCUUUUCAGGCCAUAGAAAAAGGUUUGGUUAAAGUGUUUCAAUAUUUAAUGCUUAACUAUGAACUGAAAGCAGURACAGAAACAACUGAAGAUGGGAGGUGCUUUUUGUUUGCUGCAAUACUCAGUGGUCAAGAAGAAAUAUUGAGACUGUUACUAAAGUUUCACCCCAAUUUAGAUGUAAAUAGACGAUCAGUGUCAUCUGGUAAUACACCUCUACAUGCUGCUGUCAAUGCUGGUAACACUAGCAUUGUCAAGGUACUUGUUGAAGCUGGAGCUAAUGUGAAUUCCUGGAAUGGUGAAUGUGAAGGUGCAGCACCACUACACUGGGCAGUCAUCAGUGGGAAUAAAGACAUGGUUUCCCUGUUGCUAUCCUUGGGUUGUGAUCCAUCAGUGAAAAUGGGAAUUCCUGCAAGUGUCACUCCACUGGAUCUUGCUAGAGAUCUUGGACUAGAUCAGAUUGUAACACUACUGGAAGAUGUUAAAAUUUCUGACUGAAAAUAGAAAGUGUCAUCAUAUCUGUGAUAUUACCUUGGAAUUGUUGAAGUUAAAAACAUAUUACUGGUAAAGAUAUGAGCAUCAUUGCCUAUUUUUGUGCGUAUGCAUAGAUAUUUAUGCUUAUUUUAAUAACAUUAAGAAUCACAUAUUAAUUUUCUAUCUUGACAAAUUAUGUUUUAAUGUGUGAUGUUUGAACCCAGGACCAUUGAGUGAGGAAUAUGUCAGUGUGUUUGUCCUGAAGAGAGUAAGAAAGAUUGUAGUUAGUGUUAACUGACAUUUUCAUAAUCUAAGCAUUCACAGCAUUCCUAUGACAUUCCACCAUACUUACUUUGUCCCUUGCUUUUGAAAACUUUGUAUUUUCCAACAUUGYCAUGGAAACACUUGGAUUGACAUCCAUAAAGUGCUACUUAAUUGUCGCAAGCAUUUUCCUUUGCCUGCUAAUCAAAAAAGUAUAAAGAUGUUCGCGUAGAGAUUUUCAUGUCAGGUACCAUCAGUCAUGUUUGAUUGACAUCCACAGAAUACUACUCUGUUGUGAGAAUAAUCCUAUAUCUGUUUUCAAGUUUAAAUCAUAAAGAUGCCAUAUAGGGAUUUGCAUGAUUAGGUGCUGCCGAUCAUGUUGGAUAGCAAAAUAGCAAUCUCUUUCCUUAAGGAUUUGAAUUCUUUGUCAUUUAAAGUUGUCUUAUUUUGUCUCAUCSAACAAGGCUGCCAUUAUUAUACAAAACUUUGAUGAAGCUUCCUUUGCAAAGUAAGUUCAACAAUGAUGAAAAACAUUUUWAAAAAAACAAGUAUAUUUUCAUUUUACUGAUGCUCAAAAAAGGUUUUCUUCAAGAGUUAUUUUAUGACAUGCAAAAAGUUUGUAUUCUUGAAAUGAAAUUAAAUUAUUUUGUGAUGUUGGUUAAAUGUCUCCAGGUGUCUCAUUUCUUACAUGUUAAAUGGCAUGUAGGUCAUAGUUCACACCUACAAAAAAACCUUUUUAUUAAAGUUUCUAGCACCCGCUACAAGUCUGAAAAAAUUUCGUUGAUAGGAAAUGAGUUGACUCUUUUAGUUCAUUUUGUUUAUUCAAAGCAAAAUUUAGCGUAGGCCGACAAAAAGAGUUAUAAUUCACACCUAAAGAAAACCUUUUUCAUCAAAAGUUUCUAGAAACUGCUUAACAAGACUGAAUAAAGAUUUUUCUUUAGGAAAUAAGUCGUGUUCUUUAGUUCAACUCGUUUAUUCAAACGGCAAGUUAUAGCGUGGAGGUCRACAAAAAGAGAAGCCAAUGUCAUUGUUCAUACCUACAGAAAACCUUUUUCAUCAAAAGUUUCUAGCACCCUCUACAAGACUGAAUAUUUUUUUGAUAUGAAGACCGUGUCCGGCUGCCGGACGUUUAAUUAGUCUAGUCACUUCGUAUUUUUUUGUUCGAUAGGAAAUGAGUUGACUCGAGCUCCCUUAGUUCAAUUCGUUUAUUGGCAAAGCGAAAUUCAAUGUAGAUCGACAAAAAGAGAAGCCUAUGCCAUAGUUUAUAUCUAAAUAAAACCUUUUUCAUCAAAAGUUUCUAGCAACUGCUUGACAAGACUAAAUAAAAAUUUUUUGGGGAAUAAGUCGACUUCUUUUGAUUAGUUCAUAUUAGUUCAACUUAUUUGUUCAAAGUAAGAUUCAGCGUAGGUCAGUCAUAGCUCACACCUUACAGAAAACCAUAGUUAACGAAAUUUUCUAGCAACCGCCGCUACGACAACACUGAAAUCAAUAAAGAUUUUUAUAAGUUGAGAGUCGACUCCCUUAGUUCAAUUUGUUUAUCCAAAGCAAGAGUCAGUUUAGACCUAUACGAAGCCUUUUUGCUAAAAAUUUUAAUCUAAAGAUUUUAUCAACAUCUAGGUAAAUAAGUUGACUCCUUUUAAGAUCGAUUA